UCACACACAAAGUGUAGAGAGAGGGAGAGAGAGCAGAGUGAGUCAAAAACAAAACAGAGCUUGAAAGCCUGACUCAUCAUACAGUACGACUCAUGGGCAUGGCCAAACAACAACACGAAAAGUCUUAAGAUUCAAAAGAGGGCUUAGCAUGAGAACACCACAUUUUCAAUCUCAGCCGUUUGAUCUCUGACCCCUUCCCCCACUUUGAUUUCUACAAUACAAUAAAUCUCUGCAUCGUCAUUCAAUCCGACCUUUCACAGUCUCUCUCUCUCUCUCUCUUUCUCCGCUUCCUCAAAAGGAGCUACCUUUUUCUCUCUCUUCACUCCACUUUCUCUCCAGAUUUUGCUUUCUGGGGUAUCUUCAAGAUUUUGCCUAGGUGGGUUUCUAUGGUUUUGCUGGAUUGAAGGUUUGGGAUUCAAAAAAAAAAAUCAAAUGGGUAUAUUGCUUCUUCUUCUUUUAUUAUUCUCUGCUGCGUCUGCUGUUGAUGAAGACGCUUUCAUUGGUGUCAACAUAGGCACAGAUCUCUCUGACAUGCCAAGCCCAACUCAAGUGGUGGCCCUUCUCAAGGCCCAGCAAAUUCGACACAUCAGGCUAUAUGACGCUGAUCGAGCCAUGCUACUUGCACUCGCUAACACUGGAAUCCGUGUGACUGUUUCUGUUCCGAAUGACCAACUACUAGGCAUUGGCCAGUCCAAUGCCACUGCAGCCAACUGGGUUGCUCGCAAUGUUUUGGCCCAUGUACCUGCUACCAACAUAACCGCCAUAGCUGUUGGGUCGGAAGUCCUCACCGCACUCUCAAAUGCUGCUCCAAUCCUUGUUUCUGCACUGAAAUUCAUCCACUCUGCUCUUGUUGCUUCUAAUCUCGAUUCCCAAAUAAAAGUUUCCACCCCACAUUCUUCUUCAAUUAUCCUCGAUUCCUUCCCACCUUCCCAAGCUUUUUUCAACCGCUCCUGGGACCCAGUCAUGGUUCCUUUGCUCAAAUUUCUGCAGUCCACUGGGUCAUAUCUUAUGCUCAAUGUGUACCCUUAUUAUGAUUACAUGCAAUCAAAUCAUGCAAUCCCCUUGGACUAUGCACUCUUCAGACCUCUUCCUCCAAACAAGGAGGCAGUGGAUACUAACACGCUCCUGCACUACACUAAUGUCUUUGAUGCUGUUGUUGAUGCUGCUUAUUUUGCAAUGUCCUAUUUAAACUUCACUAAUAUCCCCAUCGUAGUGACUGAGUCAGGCUGGCCUUCCAAGGGUGAUUCAUCUGAGCCAGAUGCCACUCUUGACAAUGCUAACACUUACAACAGCAACCUCAUUAGGCAUGUUCUUAACAACACAGGGACUCCGAAACACCCUGGGAUUGCAGUGAGUACCUACAUUUAUGAGCUCUACAAUGAAGAUUUGGCAUCGGGUUCAGUUUCAGAGAAGAACUGGGGGCUUUUUGAUGCCAAUGGGGUGCCGGUUUAUAUCCUACACUUGACAGGUUCUGGGACAGUGUUGGCAAAUGACACAACAAACCAAACCUAUUGUGUCGCAAGGGAUGCCGCUGACCGAAAGAUGCUUCAGGCAGCCUUGGAUUGGGCAUGUGGACCUGGGAAAGUAGAUUGUAAACCUUUGUUGCAGGGACAGCCAUGUUAUGAACCGGAUACUGUGGUUGCACAUGCAACAUAUGCUUUCGAUGCUUAUUAUCACAGGAUGGCUAUGGCUGAAGGGACCUGUGACUUCAAUGGAGUGGCUACCAUCACUACCUCAGACCCAAGUCAUGGUUCAUGUAUAUUUCCAGGAAGUAGUGGGAAAAAUGGCACCUUCAUAAACGGCACAUCUCUGGCUCCAUCUUCGAAUUCCUCAAGUACUUCUGACAGCCUUCCGCAAUAUUUUUAUGGUGAUGGUGCUUUUACCAGCUCUGCGAUCAUUGGUGCUUUACUUUGGAGUGCAGUUUUCUUGUGAUGUUUUGAAUCUGUGCAACUUUUUAACUGCUUUGGAAUCCUUUGAAACAUCUGGUUUCACUUCCUUUGAAAAAGUUCCAGCAUACCCAAUUUUGUUCCUCCAGAAAGGAGGGUCCGGGGUUGCAGGGUUGCUUGCUCGUACAGCCGGCAAGUAGAAUUGUGAGUUGAGUAGUCAAUUGGAUUUUGUACAAACAAAAUGAAGGGCACCAUUGGUAAUUGUCUUGUUGAGGUAGAUUUGUAUUUCUACUAAAGUUAGUUAUUCUUUGGAAUUGAAUUUGUGAAGCUUGGCAGUUUUUUUUUC